AAUUUGGAGAACCGCGUUCAUCUGCAGUGUCUCCGCGAAUUUGGCGCGAAAUUUUUCGAACCGUAUACGAUCGCACGAAGUUCCCAUGGUAACCGCCAUAUGAUUUACCACGCCUUCCUUGUUUUGAAUUUAGACCUUUAGUACGGACGGAUUAGAUAAUUGUAUCGUUAAACAAAUUUGGAAUACGAUAAACGGGUGUAUUUUCGUAUAUUUAAGUGACCACUCCGAGAUUUACGGUAAUAACGCCUGUUGUGGAUAAAUAUUGAAGUUAUUUUUGUAUGUAAAUGACAUAUUGAAAAGUUGGAUGACGCAGGCGCGUUCGAGAAAUGACCCCCAAUAAUGUCUGUAGUAUUACACUGGGAUCGGUUUUAUCGUAAGUGUUCAUAUGAUUGUGAAUAAUUAGACUUAUAGUGAAGUUGGAGUGUUCGUUUUUAUCAAUAGAUGUUUGGAAGAUCUUUCUUAAAUGUACAGGGAAGACGCAAGAGUCGCACGCUGCGAAAUAACCCGUAUUUAAUGGCAGAAAUGACGUUGACCCGGUACCAGCUUUUGUUUAUAAAUGUUCAGUCGUGCUAACGUCGGAGGUGUUGUACUGAACUCUGCGGCACAUUCUGAUUUCGAUCGAGGAAUAUUGCGACCAGUUGAUGGAGCAGAGGAAUUUACUUUUUAGGCACUGUGAUAAAAACAAAAUGUGAUAUUUACUCUAAAACAAUUUUAUUUAAUAAAGAAUACUGUUGGAACUUCUCAACCAUUCAGCUCAAUCGCAUUUGACCACUUGCAUCGAACUCGCUUCUUAAAACAGAUCCAGAAAAAUUUUGCAAAAUGGAGCCCAGGAAGAAUUCUAAACGGCAUGGACCUAUUGUCUUCCCAGUGGAUAUUAUUGUUAAUCUACUCCCAUCACUUCUUCAUAUCACCAGUGUGAUAAUGAGUGCUUCUACGGGUGGUGAAACGCAUUCAUCGAGGCAUUCUGUGAAUUCAAGCUCGGGCGUUCUUAUGGUCGGCCCGAAUUUUCGCGUUGGGAAGAAAAUAGGCUGUGGAAACUUCGGAGAACUGCGUCUAGGCAAAAAUCUUUAUAAUAAUGAACACGUUGCCAUUAAGCUGGAACCUAUGAAAUCAAAAGCACCCCAGUUGCAUUUAGAGUACCGGUUUUACAAAUUGCUUGGUUCACAUGCGGAAGGUAUACCCGACGUGUAUUACUUUGGUCCCUGCGGUAAAUAUAACGCUCUUGUAAUGGAAUUAUUGGGGCCAAGCCUUGAAGACCUUUUCGAUUUGUGCGAUCGUAGGUUUACACUAAAGACUGUCCUUAUGAUUGCGACCCAGCUACUACAUAGAAUUGAGUAUGUGCAUAGUCGACACUUAAUAUAUCGCGAUGUGAAGCCCGAAAACUUUCUCAUAGGCCGUGCAAGUACAAAAAGAGAGAAAAUUAUACAUAUAAUAGACUUUGGAUUAGCUAAGGAAUACAUAGAAUUAGAAACAAACAAACACAUCCCAUACAGAGAACACAAGUCUCUUACAGGAACAGCUCGUUACAUGUCCAUCAACACCCAUCUUGGCAAAGAACAGUCACGCCGGGAUGACUUAGAAGCCCUCGGGCAUAUGUUUAUGUAUUUUCUUCGAGGUUCUUUACCAUGGCAGGGAUUAAAAGCGGAUACUUUAAAGGAGCGUUAUCAAAAAAUCGGCGACACGAAACGCGCCACACCGAUAGACGUUCUCUGCGAAGGCCACCCAGAAGAAAUGGCGCAAUAUCUUAGAUACGUUCGACGAUUAGACUUUUUCGAAACCCCCGACUACGAAUACCUUCGCAACCUAUUUACAGUUCUCUUCGAGAGGCGCGGAUACGUAAACGACGGAGAAUUCGAUUGGACCGGGAAGACAAUGAGUACACCAAUUUUAUCUAUACAAACAAUCGCUCACGAUGUACUUGUCUCGCCGAACCGCGAACGUCACAUGUCAAAUAAGAAUACGGGUAAAACGAGCGCCUGGCCUGAGGCGUCGAAGCAGAGCACCUUAGGCAACUUGACUCCUGCCGAUCGACACGGCUCGGUUCAGGUUGUGAGUUCCACCAACGGCGAGCUGAACGCCGACGACCCUACCGCCGGACACAGCAACACUCCCAUAACCCAACCUCAAGAAAUCGAAUUGCUCGAUGAAACUAAGUAUGUCCGUUUAAUGUCCGAAUGUGAGCUUAUCAGAAUGAUAUUUAGAUGUUGCUGCUUCUUUAAACGAAAGAAGAAGAAAGGAGUGCGUGCCAAAUGACUACAGUACAGUGAGACCGACCAACAACUUACAUUGUUGCCGUGUGGUCAUAGUAGUGCUGCAACUCUUAAUUGACUAGUUUUAAUCAAAGACCAAUGUACAGACUUGUUACGUUAUGUACUAUUUAAUUAAAAACAAUAUAAAGUAGCCUUAAGGUUAUAUUAAGAAACCGUAGCUGUUGCAACUGUAAGAGUGAGCCUUACUCGUAAACUUUUCUUUACACACAGUUCAUUAAAGUCACUUAUUUAUAUCGUACUAGUUCAUAUUUAUAAUUUAUUAAGUUCCUUAGAAGUUUCUUAGCUCUUUGAAAAUAUGUUAAUGCCACAUACUUGAAACCAGUUUUAUUUCACAGCUCUUAAAAUGGCUGAUUAUUGCAAAAGCGUUAAACGGCCAAUUAAUUUACAUUUCACUGUCGAUUAAGCAGGUACACCAGUCGAUGAAAAUUGACAGUUGUAUCUGAGAGGAAUGUACAUGUUGUCAAUGCCAAUUACUACUAGAUAAUAGUUGACAGAUGCAACUGUCCGCUUACAUUUAGUUGACUAUACUGGGUGUAAUUAACAUUUUCGUGGAUGACUAUUGGAAAAGAUUUUAAAAAUAAUAGCAGAUUGAUUAUUAUAUUUAGCGUAGGUUUUGUUUUUGUCUUUUUAAAAGAGAAUACGUAUACAAUACUUCAUGGUGAUUUUUUCAUUUAUGCAUAUACAGGGUCGUUCACAAAUAAUAUUAAGUUAGAUAUUAAAUAAACGAUCUUCCAAAAUUUGAAAAGUAUACAUUCCCGUAUAUGACACAGUCGCAAGUCCAUUUUUUUUUUACAGAGGCCCUGUAUAACGGAAGCUUUCAGAAUGGUUCUUUGUGUUGUGCAAUGUCAAAAUGAUAAGAAACUUAACGCGCGUGUAUAUUUAACACGUACAACUGUAACUAUUUAAAAAAACGUUUGGCGUUUGCUUGAAGCCACUUUCCGAGAGUAAUUAGCAUAUGUUGUUAAGUUAGAUCUAUCCAAAAACGCAUUUAGUAUUAGAGCAAAGUAUUUGAUACAGUUUAGUUACCAUUAUUGUUAUUAUUGAAAAUACGCACUGUCUUUAGGUGUAAUUCGUUUGUGAUUGUUUAACUGAUCAUGUUUGUCAUUUCGAUGGUAUUGUGUGUUCUACCAUGGUUUUAUAAAGUGGUUAUUCUGCUCUGGAUCAUUUAAUUGAACGUAGAGGAUCUGCAAAUAUCAAUUGAAUGAAACCGGAAGUUGUUCUUAGUCAAAAAUACACACCACAAUCUAGACUCAACAUUGUAGUUCAGCUCAUAAGUAUAUUUUGAUUCCUCGCAUUUGACCACCUUAAAAUUAAACUGUUUGUGUCAUGGAUCCAUGUUCAAUUUAUUGAUCAUGGUGUAUGUGAAUAACCGCACCUUUAUUUCUACAUUUGUACGUCGAUAAAUAUAUAAUAUUACGUAUUUCACUUUUAUUUUUGAGAUUUUUAAAUAUGAUAAUUACUCUCGAUGUGAGAGGUGUGAACAGAGUGAAAGUUUUCUUCGGGUAGUAUGGCGCUUUGCUAAUUCAAAAUUGUGGUUCGUGUCUUGGCCGAUUUACUAAGUGAGGCAAGAAUGUUUUCUGAUCGCUCUAAUUUGGCGACUGGACUACCUCAAAGUCAUGAUUUAUAUUUGGAUAAAGUAUAUUGUGUGAAAAGCCGACGGCAGCGUAUUGUUUGUAUUUAGCAAAGGUUGAGGUAGACCAGAAGCCACCUGCUUCUUCCAUGAACUCGAAAUAUAAUUGGCAGCCAUUUUCAAUAAGUCUUUUGUUAACGCUUUUAGAUAUUUUAAAUACAGUAAGCUUUAAAUGUAUGGAACAAAUUUGCUAAAAUUUCCCAUUGUGUAUGUAUGGUAUUUUUAUUUAUAUUUAAAAAAGAAGUGUGUUUAAAUUUAUAAAAUUUUAUCAACUUGCCAAAGAAUGGUAAUGUCUGAAACGCCUGUUGUGAUUCAUGAAUGUUUAUAGAUCGGAGCGAGAAUAAUAAACUACUGAUAAUAGC